CGUCCUGAAUAAGAACUGGUGGUUGUUUUUUUCUACUUAUUAGAAAUGGGGUCUUUAUACCCCUCUAAAGUGUAAUAAUGUCCCAUAUCUCAAAAAUGCUGCAGUAAAAUAGUUUCAUAUGAGGUGUGUAUAUAGUAUGGGAUGUCCUGAAUAAGAACUGGUGGUUGUUUUUUUCUACUUAUUAGAAAUGGGGUCUUUAUACCCCUCUAAAGUGUAAUAAUGUCCCAUAUCUCAAAAAUGCUGCAGUAAAAUAGUUUCAUAUGAGGUGUGCAUAUAGUAUGGGACAUCCUGAAUAAGAACUGGUGGUUGUUUUUUUCUACUUAUUAGAAAUGGGGUCUUUACACCCCUUUAAAAUGUAAUAAUGCCCCAUAUCUCAAAAAUGCUGCAGUAAAAUAGUUUCAUAUGAGGUGUGUAUAUAGUAUGGGACGUCCUGAAUAAGAACUGGUGGUUGUUUUUUUCUACUUAUUAGAAAUGGGGUCUUUAUACCCCUCUAAAGUGUAAUAAUGUCCCAUAUCUUAAAAAUGCUGCAGUAAAAUAUUUUCAUAUGAGGUGUGCAUAUAGUAUGGGACGUCCCGAAUAAGAAUUGAUCAUUGUUUUUUUCUACUUAUUAGAAAUGGGGUCUUUAUACCCCUUUAAAAUGUAAUAAUGCCCCACAUCUCAAAAAUGCUGCACUAAAAUAGUUUCGAAUGUGGUGUGCGUAUAGUAUGGGAUGUCCUGAAUAAGAACUGAUCAUUGUUUUUUUCUACUUAUUAGAAAAGGGGUCUUUAUAGGCCUUUAAAGUGUAAUAAUGCCCCGUAUGUCCAAAACACUGCAGUAAAAUGGUUUGAUAUGAGGUGUAAGUAUAGUAUGGGACGUCCUGAAUAAGAACUGAUCAUUGUUUUUUCCUACUUAUUAGAAAUGGGGUCUUUAUACCCCUCUAAAGUGUAAUAAUGUCCCAUAUCUUAAAAAUGCUGCAGUAAAAUAUUUUCAUAUGAGGUGUGCAUAUAGUAUGGGACGUCCUGAAUAAGAACUGGUGAUUUGUUUUUUUCUACUUAUUAGAAAUGGGGUCUUUAUACCCCUCUAAUGUGUAAUAAUGUCCCAUAUUUAAAAAAUGCUGCAGUAAAAUAUUUUCAUAUGAGGUGUGCGUAUAGUAUGGGACGUCCUGAAUAAGAACUGGUGGUUGUUUUUUUUCUACUUAUUAGAAAUGGGGUCUUUAUACCCCUUUAAAAUGUAAUAAUGCCCCAUAUCUCAAAAAUGAUACAGUAAAAUAGUUUCAUAUGUGGUGUGCGUAUAGUAUGGGACGUCCUGAAUAAGAACUGGUGGUUGUUUUUUUCUCCUUAUUAGAAAUGGGGUCUUUAUACCCCUUUGAAAUGUAAUAAUGCCCCAUAUCUCAAAAAUGCUGCAGUAAAAUAGUUUCAUAUGAGGUGUGCGUAUAGUAUGGGACGUCCUGAAUAAGAACUGAUCAUUGUUUUUUUCUACUUAUUAGAAAUGGGGUCUUUAUACCCCUCUAAAGUGUGAUAAUGUCCAAUAUAUCAAAAAUGCUGCAGUAAAAUAGUUUCAUAUGAGGUGUGUAUAUAGUAUGGGACGUCCUGAAUAAGAACUGGUGGUUGUUUUUUUCUACUUAUUAGAAAUGGGGUCUUUAUACCCCUUUAAAAUGUAAUAAUUCCCCAUAUCUCAAAAGUGAUACAGUAAAAUAGUUUCAUAUGUGGUGUGCGCAUAGUAUUGUCACACCCCUGGACUUUGAGUUGGUUUCUCCCAUCCAUUUCCCCCCCCUGCUGUUCUGUGUUCUUGGUUUAUCCCAAAUUGCCUGCACCUGAGCUUGUAAUCACCAUGUCUAUUUAUUGUGUGUGUUCACCAUUUAGUCUUGUCGAACCUUAAUGUUGCUACCCCGUGUUCCUGUGUUUACCCUGCUUCCUUGGAUUAUUAAAGACUUUCACGUUUUACUUCGUCGUUGUUCGUUUUGUGAAAGCGUGACAGAAGGUUCGACCGAUACAGUUUUUUUUGCGUGUGUUACCCGUUUUGUUUGUCGUGUUUUUUCAGUCUUUUUGUUUCCGUCGUGUUUACACCAGUUCACUCCAUCAUGAAACUCGCUUCCAUCAACGUCCCCCCAAGGAGGAGAGAUGCCAUUCUGGGAGGAAGGACCAUCUAUAUCUUCCAGGAUGGCAGGGAUCUUGAGGACUAUGUGGAGGAGUUUAUUAGCAUUUGCCAUCUUGCUAACUGCGAUGACGUCUGCCUUAUGGAGGGAUUUUGGUGUGGACUGGAUGAUGACCUCCGCUUCGUCAUGCCCCAAGGUGAACCAUGCUGGACCCUAACGCAAUAUAUUAACAUCUUACUGAGUGCUUGGGGUUCAGAACUCUGUCUGGACGAAGCGGAGGAGGAUUACGACCCUAUCCAGUCACAUCACACAGACGUCUCGCAGCACGACCCGGAACCCAGCCAAUCACCACCCCGACCCGCGGAGUACCAGCCAGAGCCCACCGAUGACGGAGAGCUACAGCCUGCCGCGACCAGCGUGCCAUUGCUAAAAGGAGCGACAGAGCAGCUGAUCACCAUGGAGCCAGAGUUGCACGAGCCGUCAGAUCAGGUGCGUGAGCCGGCCACAAUGACCAUGACGGUGGAGGGAGCAGUGGAAAAGGAGAGUGCUGUGGACAGCACUACCCACUGCACCACCGCUGAGGGUGAGCGGAAUGGGGUUUUGGGACAUUGCUCGAAGAACGACUUACCUGAAUAUAAUUCUGAGGAUGUGAAUACUGGAUCUGUUGUAAUCUCCGAACUAUCCACCGGCUCUAAUUUCCCACCCACCCUCCCUCAGUUUCCUCAGUUAAAUAACCAUAAGGUUUCAGCCAUGCCACCAAUGCUACCUGUCAGUCCCUCUGCUCACCCUCAGCUCACCAUCUGUGCGAUGGGUUCGCCGCAGGCCUGCCAGUCACCAUCGGCGUCAUGGCUGGAGGAUCCGUCAUCUCCGCCUUCAGCCUCUGAGUCCUGGACUCCACCUCGGUCCUCCGAACCUGCGGCUCCACCCCUCCUGGGCGUCUAA